AUGGAGAUCGCAUUACGAAGCAAGUCGUUGGUGACUAUGAUGAAAGUGCGAAGUCGGGAAUGGUCAGUUAUGGACGACCUGUGGCGGACGUCCUCGAUGCUCAACAGGAGGGAGAGAAGGCCUGGGAUAAACAUGGAUGUUGACACGUUGCGUGUAGAAAACAUGACUUGGCGUAUGAGGAACAAGUGGAAGAACCAUGAGCCAUCGAGAGUAGAUUAUAUUGAUGAUGACAGUUCGGAGUCCACGCCCGUCGAUGAGUCGUGCAAGGGUCUCUUGGAAGUCAUCAAGGGCCACAAUGAUGAUAUUCGGUUUGAGACUAGCAGUCGCUACCACGGUUUCCUACUGGACAUGGACGGAGUUCUUCAUCGAUUCGGAACCACUAUUCCGGGAGCUAGCGAGUUCAUGACAAUGCUCAACGCUGGACAAGUGCCCUAUAUGCUCUUGACCAACGAAUGUCGGUAUACCGCAGAGGAUCUGAGCCGUAAGCUUUUGGGUAUACUCGGAGUGAGUAUACCUGUCAGCCAGAUAUACACUGCGGCUAACAGUGCUGCUGACUUCUUCCAUCGGCUCAUGGCUAACGGUUGGACAGGUAUGGUAUACAUCGUUGGUGAGGUGGGCCUGAUCUCUACUGUGAGAGAUGCCUUCGUGAAGCAUGGAUUACCUGAAGACUCUGUCGUCACGGGUGAAACGAGGAAGACUCGUGCACCGAGGGAGAUCGACUAUGUUCUUAUCGGCUCGGUCCACUCCGAGAACACAAGAUACGUCGAGUACGCAUGCUCUUGUGUCCAGGAAGGAGCCCGUCUCCUCUUCACUUGCCCUGAUUACUAUGAAGUAACAUCGGAUGGAAGCUACAAGUUCGGAAUGCCCAUGCCCGCUGUGGAGAUGAUAUCCAAGGUUACUCAUGCAUCCUCGUAUAACCUAGGGAAACCCAACCCUCAUAUGCUCCGGAUGGCUCGACAGCGAUUGUUCUCGCAGUGUCCUCAAGGCCGUCACCCCGGACUAGGCCCAGUCCUCUUUGUCGGAGACUCCUUGGGUACGGACAUCCGCACAGCCAUCGAGAACGGAAUCGACUGCGCUCUGGUCAUGAGUGGAUGCACUGAUGAGAAGCAGUUGAAGAGGAGUCCACUACUUCCUAACUUUGUUUUUGCAAGCAUCAAGGAGCUCAUGGCCGCCUAUUCAAGUGGCUCUCUGGUCCCUUGCGUCCCUCUGGGCGGUGAUGAUGGAGCUCACUAGUCUCUGUUUAUGAUGAAACCGAUCGGUGUACACGCUACGCGAGGUUUCAAUUUUUCAGACGCUUAGAUCGAGAGUUGUGGAGAGGAUCGUCUAUGGUCACUCCAUAUUCACUCGAUAAGUAACACAUUGCAGCUGUGUGAAUACUUUCUGUGCCUCGUUGCUCGUGCCAAAGGAGC